AUGUCCAUUGUUGUCGAACAAACACUCCCCUACAGCAGUGCGCAGCUCCAGCUCGAAGACCCAACGAGAUGGAGUCGGCUACUCCCUCUCAUACGACCCUCGGUCAAAAGCAUCGAAACGGCAAACGGCCAGACGGUGCUUGUCGAUACCGCGCUGGCGAGCAGCGAAAACGUUCUCGUUGCUGUUGUUGGGAGAGUUGGGAACUUCUCGAGCAAAAUCUUGAGCGAGUCGCAUCUGGUGGCAGCUUUCACAGUCGAGCAGAGGGAGAAGGGAAUCUCGGCUCGAGAUCUGGCAAGGGCUCUCGAGGAGUCGGGAUUCCCUACUGAGAAUGGGGUCGUCGUGCUCCGCGCUGGCGGAGCUCAAGAUCUGACCAUGGCGGCUGGCGUCAUAGAGCUUACUCUGGAUGGCGUGUUGAAGCUGGAUCACAUCCUGUCAUUGUUUGCGGCAGCAAAGCCCAAUGUCAAAGCGUCUUUCGAAAAGACUCGAGCCUUACUAGACCACUUCGUUGGGUCCACCGCAGAUACUACAUCUACUUUCCACAAGCAGAAAUCUGGAGACCGGCCUGCAGUAGCUCACGCUGCCGGUCUCGUCGCGUUCAACUCGGCCAAGUCCUCGAUAGACAAGGACUUGAGUUCUUUACUACGCUCGAAAACACCAUCGACGGAUUCGAUCUUCUCCAUUCACUACUCUGACGUAAACGGCCUCUCUCGCUUAGAGAACAACAUUUUGGCCCAUGAGAUUUCGGGUUUCCUAGCCGGGAGGGACUCCGCGUCUUAUAUCUCCCAAUCCACAAUCCUCAACAGUCAGUCCCAAGCACGGGGCUGGGCGAUAUCAUCAUGUGUUCUUCCAGCUUACCUCUUGACACCGCAAGCGAAGCCAACAAACCCACUUGCCAGUGCCAACGACAGUGCUCCAUCCGAGCCAAGCGACAUUACAUCCGCGAUCACGUUUUCCGACGCCCAAGUUCGGCGGAUGGUCACUGCAGGGUGCGAGCGAGUCAUCAAAGAGGAGUCCACGAUAACGGAGUACGAUACCAUCGUCGGCGACGGAGAUUGCGGCUACACGCUGCGGGACGGAGCGACGCAAGUCAUGAGCUACGUCCGCACCGCCGACCUGUCCAAGCUCCCUUCCACUCUCCGCGAUCUCGUCGAUGACCUCGAGGUGACCAUGGGCGGCACAUCCGGCGCUCUGUACUGCAUCUUCCUCUCGUCCCUGGCGCAGCAUCUCCGCCACGCGUCGACAUUCCCCGCUGCCCUGGCCGGCGCCUUGGAGUCCCUGCUGAGAUACACGCGAGCGCGACUGGGAGACCGGACGUGCUUGGAUUGUCUGAUUCCGUUUGUGGAGACCUUGAAAGCGACGGGUGACUCGAAGAAGGCGUUGAGCGAGGCAGGGAAUGGCGUGGAAGGCACCAAGAUGUUGGAGGCCAGGCUGGGUAGGUCGAGUUAUCUGGAUGAGUCGGCCACAAGGGGCGUUCCUGACCCUGGGGCUUAUGGGUUGCUGGUGUUGUUGGAAGGGAUGGUUGGCGCACAGUGA